AUGGCUGAGGCCGAGGAGAAGGAAGAGGAAGCAGAGGGGGGGGCCGGUAGCAUUGGGGACCCCCCUGCCCCACGGCGCCCGGUCCCGGGGGUGCUCUACCUUUCCUUCCUGCCCCCCGGCUUCGGGCCCCGCCAGGCCCGGGUGCUGCUGGGGGUCCAUGGGGAGCUGGGCAGGGUUUUCCUGCAGCCCAAAGGGGGGGGCGUGCGCCGGAGGAGGCAGCGCCCGGGCCCCCCCGGGGGCUCCUUUGCCGAGGGCUGGGUGGAAUUCCGGGACAAGCGGGCGGCCAAGAGGGCGGCCUCGAUCCUGCACGGAGCCCCCAUGAGCCCCCGGCCCCGCAGCCGCUUCCGGCACCACUGCUGGAGCAUCAAGUACCUGCCCGGGUUCCGGUGGCCCCACCUCAGCGAGCGCCUGAGCUACGAGCGCCAGGUCCGGGCCCAGCGCCUGCGGGUGGAGGUGGCGCAGGCCAAGCGCGAGGGGGGGUUCUACGCCCGCCGCCCCUCCCCCCCCGGAGCCCCCUCCUGGGCCUUCACCCAAACCCCCACCGAGGAGGAGAUUUGGGGGCGCAAGAAGCGGCCCCCCCCAGCGCGGCCCCCCCGCAGCCUCCUGCAGAAGGUGUUCGGGGGAGGGGGGUGAACCACGGCCCCUCCCCCACCCCCCCGAC